CUUAUUGUGGCCUUUCUCGUUGUGCGGUUUAAUUGCUCCGUGCUACUUAGGUUCAUUCAUGUUCAUUUCAGCUUAUUUCGGUCCACAAAAGACGUGUUUUGUGUGAAGCGCUUGGGCAACCUGGCAGUAUCCUUGCCCUUGUGCUUCUCUCUGGCGGCAUGGCAGUUUGACACCGAAAGGGUGCUUCAGCUGAACGAUAUUUGGUGUGAAGCCAAGGGAGCUGGCAUUUCUUGCAACGUUUCCAGCCAAGCACCGACGGGGUCACGGAGAGCCCAUCCUGGAAGGCCUACAACACUAACAACACCCAAGCUCUUUGCGAUCUCUUUCAUGCCUUUCUGUCAAGUCACCCAAUGUCCACCUCGCGGUUUGCGCCAUUCUAAAGAAGGCACGGAGAAGAACGCUCGUCUCGGUAGACCGUGUUUUGGCCGAGAAUCCGGCCAGAAGCUAUGGGGCGCAAUUAUGAGUGCUGCGAAAAAAUGUGCAGAUCGGGUCAAACAACGAAUCGAAGAAUAUCUGGAAAAGGACGGUCUCGGCGAGAAAUUAGCUGAUGUCAUUAAAAUCCUGGCCGAGCGCCUAACCAAACGGAUAGAGACCUAUGUCAAGGAGUGACCACCCUAGCAUUUUCCUCAUUUAUUUCAACACAAUUUGUUGUUGUCUUGAAAAGUUAUGCAAUGCAAUGUUCUCUGUGAGCACUUCUCUAUCGAUCUUC